GAACGUAGUGUAUCCAAAGGGGGGGAAAUUACAAUUGGAAGGUGGUGGAUACACUGAACUCGGAGAGAGGGGGAUUCCCUCAGGAAACUGACAGCCGGACUAACCUUGGCUAUGUGUGUCUGUGUGUGACCCUGCACCCUGAGAGAAGGAGGGAGGGACAGCAUCUGGGCAACUUCACCCCCCCUCCCUCCCUCCCUCCCUCCCACCCAAUUAACACCACCUCUUCUCUCCCCCCCCCUCAACCCCACCACCUUCUCCCCAGAGGAACCCCCAGUGCUGAACACCUCCAAUGGAGCUGGAGAAUAUUGUCGCCAACACCGUGCUGCUGAAAGCGAGGGAAGGUGGGGGUGGGAAGCGGAAAGGAAGAAGCAAAAAGUGGAAGGAAAUCCUCCGAUUUCCUCAAAUCAGUCAAUGUGAAGACCUGCGGAAAACCUUAGAGCGAGACUACUUCAGCUUGUGUGACAAGCAGCCCAUUGGGAGGGAGCUGUUCCGCCAGUUCUGCCAGAUGAAUCCCGAUCUGAAACGAUGCAUCAAGUUCCUCGAUUGUGUGGCUGAUUAUGAGGUGACUCCUGGCGAGAAGAGGAAGGAGAAAGCUGAUGAGGUUGUUCGGAGAUUUCUCACGGCAGGGUCCUCAGAAUACAUGCCAGAAAUCAGUGAGUUCCACAUCAAACAGUGCAUCGAGAACCUUGACAAAAGCCCUUGCAAAGAUAUCUUCAGCGACUGUCUAAAGGCUCCUCAUCAGUACCUCUGUGGAGCUCCGUUUACGGAAUACCAAGAAAGUAUGUAUUUUGAUCGCUUUCUGCAGUGGAAGUGGCUGGAAAGACAGGCCGUUACCAAAGACACUUUCAGACAGUACAGGGUAUUGGGAAAAGGAGGCUUUGGUGAGGUCUGUGCCUGUCAGGUCCGGGCAACUGGAAAGAUGUACGCGUGCAAGAAACUCGAGAAGAAAAGAAUUAAAAAGAGGAAAGGAGAGACCAUGGCAUUGAACGAGAAACAAAUUUUAGAAAAAGUCAACAGCAGGUUUGUGGUGAGCUUAGCAUAUGCGUUUGAGACGAAAGAUGCACUGUGCCUGGUCCUGACCAUUAUGAAUGGCGGCGAUUUAAAGUUCCACAUCUACAGCAUGGGAAACCCAGGCUUUGAGAAGGAGCGGGUUGUCUUUUAUGCCGCUGAGAUCUGUUGUGGUUUGGAUCACCUCCACCAUGAGGGAAUCGCGUACCGGGACCUGAAGCCAGAGAACAUUCUUCUUGAUGACAAUGGGCACAUUCGGUUAUCAGAUUUGGGAUUGGCAGUGAUGAUACCAGAGGGAGAAAGUAUCAGAGGUCGUGUGGGAACAGUUGGAUACAUGGCCCCCGAGGUGAUAAACAACGAGCAGUACACGGUGAGCCCUGACUGGUGGGGGCUGGGCUGCCUGGUAUACGAGAUGACAGCGGGACAUUCACCAUUCCGGGCUCGCAAAGAGAGGGUGAAGCGGGAAGAGGUGGAGAAGAGGGUGCAGGAGAAGGAGGAAGAGUAUUGUGACAAGUUCACCGAGGAUACCAAACACAUCUGCCAGAUGUUACUGACCAAAGAUCCAAAGCAACGACUCGGUUGCAAAGCAGAGGGAGCCAACGAGGUGAAGGAACACCCGUUUUUCAAAAGCAUCAACUUCAAGCGGCUGGAAGCUGGCAUGUUGGAGCCUUCCUUUAUACCGGACCCUCGAGCUGUUUACUGCAAAGACGUGCUGGACAUUGAACAGUUCUCCACCGUGAAAGGGGUGAACUUGGACCAAACUGACAGUGACUUCUAUGCAAAAUUUGCCACGGGCAGCGUUCCCAUCCCUUGGCAAAACGAGAUGAUCGACACGGAGUGCUUCAAGGAGCUGAACGUCUUUGGGCCCAACGGGACCAGGUCACCGGAUUUGGAUUGGAAUCAGCUUCCCGAGCCCCCGAAGAGGAGCCUUCUCGACCGGAUAUUCCGACGGCAUCCCCAGGAUUACCCGUCCAGCGCCACCCACGUCAAUUCCAGCCUCAAGCCUCAUGCAAACUCCAACAAUGCCGUGUCCCGUGACCCUCGGACCCCCACAGUGGCCUGACAGGACCUGCCAGGAAGCAGCCAUGAUCCCACCGGACUGACCGCGGACUCCCGCCUCAUCUUUGGUCAUCUCAGGUUUAUCGUGGACGGUGAAGAGGAUGAUGACACCAUGACCUUUUGUGGUGCAGUGGGAACUGAAUCUGUGCCACAAUGUACAUAUAUAUUAAUUUAUAUAUAUAUAUAUAUAUAUAUAUAUAUAUAUAAAUAGUAAAUAUAACCCUGAAGAUGGAUCAGAAAAGGACUGAACUAUUGUGAAGUGGCCCAAGUUGGAGUGCAGUGAAUAACUUGUUGGGGAGAGGAGGUGGGGGGGGGUUUGUCGAGGGUCCUAUUUUGCCAUUUUCCAUGCGCCCCCCCCCCCCGCCCCACCCUUUUUCCGUCGCGUGUUCCCAGUGCACGAUUUGAGCCUCGAGAGAAUGAGAAAGGGGCAAAAGGAAGGUUGUGCGUGUGUGGAGUUGUGACACACAGAGAGGGGGGAGGGAGGGGGGGGGCAGCGCUGACCCCUGCUGGCUGCUGCUCAGAAUUGCACUGUCUUCGCCAGUCGGAGCUUCGAAGGUGCGUGCCGGGUGGUGG